AUGCCUGAUAAUUCGCAAGCCAUAAACACUGGAGGAAUCGAAAUGGACCCCAUGCGAAAACCUAGCGAUGCAUCCUCCUUCCACGCAUAUGAGCAACGCCAUCAGACUCCUCGCCAUGGAGGCUCCAGUUGCGGUGUAUACGGAAGUCCCUAUCCCCAGAGCUCGCCAAACCGCCAAGUAUACCUUGCCGCUCGCUCUUUUGGCAUCAUUUGCUCUAUUGUUCUAACUGUUCUUGGUGCAAUCACGCUGUCCGUAAUUCCACGUGGAAAUUGGGGUGCGGCUGUUCUGAGCCCAUGUCUUUCUACACUAUUUGCAAGCUCUUUUGAGGUUUGGUGCAUCCUAGGUUCUAAUCAGCGAUCGCAUCAUUGGAGGCGAGUACUCUACGACGGCGCAUUAGGGAUAGGCUAUGCCAUCGCGUUUGGGUUCCUCGUCUCCUUCACAAGUCCGGAUAUCUCUAGGUCUGAUCCAAAAUCUACGGCAAGCUCGGCUGCAGUUGGACUCGCGAUAUUGCUUCUGAUGAUGAUCGAGCUGUUGCUUCAGAUUGCGUAUACGUAUUCUGGUAUAAGAGAGCUGCUUCGAAUUCGACGAGGGCAAAUCCGUGAAUAA